AUGGCAAAUUUGCAUGUUCGAUCAAACAGUCUGCCAUCAAAAUCUCAUCCCAUAGUAAAUGAUGUUGAAGAUCAGUUAUGCAGGUUGAGGUCCAAUAAAGGGACAUCAACAUCAACUUCUGUGAUUUCAGACUUGGCUAUCCUCAGAGAUUUACAUGAAGGUAUCAAUAAUUUGAUUCAGAUGCCGUCAACCCAACAAGCCAUCUCCCACGCAAACAGUGAGAAAUGGACUAAUGAGUUGCUUGAAGAGUCACUUGGGCUUGUAGAUCUUUGUGGUUUUGCUAGAGAUGUCCUGAGUUUAACAAAGGGAUCUGUUCAAGAUCUUCAGUCCUCCAUCAGGCGAAAUCGAGGUGAAGCUGCCUUGGCAGACAACAUAAAUGCUUAUAUGACCUCAAGAAAGAAGAUCAACAAAAUGGUCAAGAAGUUGAUCAAGAAUUUCAAGAACUUGGACAAAAAUUGCAUAAUGCUCUUAGAUGAAGAGUCUGAUGUUGAAGGAGACAGAGGCCUUUGCCGUGUAGAAUAUGAGAGAGAUCAAGAAUGUUGCUCCGAGUCCUCGCUCUCAUUGGAGCUCCCCAAGUCAGGAAAAGACAUGAACACUAUUGAUAUGCAAAAUGUCUUGAAGCAGCUGCAAGCAUCAGAAAUGACUAUCCAAGAACUUGAAGAAGAACUAGAAGCAUUCUUCAGGAGUUCAUUGAAAACAAGAGUUUCCCUUCUUAAUGCCCUUAACCACUAG